CUUAUGUAUAAUGCGAGUUUAACACAGAGGUUUAACUGAACGUAUCUAUCCUAACAUUCCCUUAUAGUCAGUUAUAGUACUAAAGUAUUCGAAGCUUCAAAGAACAUCUCGUCGCCAUCCCAUUGACCGCACGACCUAAUAGUGUUAGGCCGCAGAGGUACUGGAUACGUAGCUUUACCUCCAUGACUUCUCAGAAUUCAACUAGUGCAAUGCACAUCAGGCCCCAGCUCCAUGAUCCGCAAGCGGAUGGCUCCAUUAUUAGGGCGGUUGAGCAAGUCUGCCCGCAUUGCCAGGCAGACUACUCCACCCACAACGAGCCCAACUUCAAUAGUCAUAUAGAAGCGUGCGCAAGGAAGUCAGCAAAGCGAGCAAAGAAACCGUCGGGGCUUUGGCGGUGUCCGGUACCCGGCUGCAAGAAGGCGCUACCGCUGAACAACGCCUACAAUAUAGCGGAGCACGAGCGAGCGUGCAGAGCGGCCCACGGGCCAGCCAGCAUCAGCAACACGCCUAACAUCAUGUCGUACUUCAAGCGAUCCAAGCGGCCACGGCUUGAAGGCAACACGCCUGAAAUGGCCACAUCACAACCCCACAAGGUCCCCGAUGCGGAGAAGCGGCUGAGAGCUGACUUCCUGAUUGACACCGCCACGGACCUGGCCGCCACUCGGGCGCAGGUGGGGCAGCUGGUGGCGCGGCUGGGGGGCAGCAGCAGCAAGGGGAGUGGAAGUGGGGGUAAAAUGUAAAAAUAAAAAGUGCAGCAGUGGUAGUGUGGGUAUGGAAGGAGCCACCAGCCGUGCUGACUAGGCGCGCCUACCUACCUACCUACCGGCUGGGAGUUGAGUGGGGUUAAGCGGGUAGCGAUGAGGGGCAGGAACGAGGACGGGUGGCAUGGACGUGGGUGAAGGUAGCUAGCUGGGGGCGAUGCAAUUAAUGCAUUGGCAAAGUAGCAUAGCAGCGGGGUCGCAUGCCGUGGGGACUGCAACCAUUGCGUGCCCGCCCAUUGCCCUGUGGCGCUGGCGGAAGGCAUCAUGGUAUACCGCCGCUAAGCCGUGGUGUUGGUGCUCAUGGGUGUGCGUUGUUUGUACUGCAUAGUUGGAUAGUAUAUAAGGUUCCCGGAGAUAUGAGCAGUGCAGGCAGACGGGCUCGUUACACAGCAGAUAGUAGCUAGAGUGGAGCAGAGUAAAACGACAGACCCACGGGUCACAAUGUAACCGAGUCAACAAA